AUGUCAUCAGGAGGCGACGAGUCGCGAAGUUUGGCUCCGUGCGGUGGGGGCUGCUGGGGGUUGCGCGCGGGUUGCCUUGACGCCGGCCAGGGGCCGCUCCUCGCCUGCCGGCCGCCGCGGAUGAAAUGGAUGUCCUGAGGGCUCCAUGGAGCGACAUUGGCAGUGCGUUAAUGUUAAAAUAAAUAAAAUAUAGCUGCUGGCCAUCUUGCUGCCAAUCAGCAUCAUGCAGAUUCUGUGUUGUGCGUCUGAGUGAGUUCAAAGGAACUGCUGUUACAUUUGAGAAGGCUUGGAAGGCAAUUCUGCAAAAGACUGUCUGGAACUGACAAAGGGUUACAUCUUGAAGAAAGCAAAAUGGAUAAAAAAGCAUUUGAGAUGGUGCUUGAUGAAAUUAGAAAGGCUGUGUUGAUGGAAUACAAAUUAAAAGCUAUUGAAUAUGUACAUGGAUACUUUUCUAGCGAACAGAUUGUUGAAUUACUGAGGUACUUUUCUUGGGCUGAACCACAGUUAAAAGCAAUGAAGGCAUUGCAACAUAAAAUGGUAGCUGUUUCUGCAGCAAAAGUGGUCAACAUCCUGAACUGCUUCACUUUUAGCAAAGACAAGCUUAUUGCACUAGAACUGUUGGCUUCCAAUAUUAUUGAUGCUCAGAAUUACCGCCUUAUUGAAGAUCUCUUCAGAACUAGCAUGUCUGAGAAGAAGAGAUGCAGGAGAAUUCUUGAACAGGCUUCCAAAGCAGGGUGCAAAGCACCUCACGCUAUGAUAUCUUCCUGUGGCAUGAUUCCUGGAAACCCUUACCCAAAAGGAAAGCCCAGCCGCAUAAAUGGAAUUUUCCCAGGGUCACCUGUCAAAAAGGAGAAUGAAGACUACACUAAUGAAGGCAAGGGAAUAGCAGCUCGUAUCCUUGGACCAUCCAAACCAGCCCCAGCAACAUACAAUCCACACAAGCCUGUUCCUUAUCCCAUCCCUCCUUGUCGACCACAUGCAACCAUUGCACCAAGUGCUUACAACAAUGCUGGUCUUGUUCCACUGGCCAAUGUCAUAGCUCCAGGCUUGCCAGCUCCACCACCAUAUGCUUCUAGUCAUGUAGGAACAGAAAACGAAGAACUUUCCAAUCAGACAAAAUCUUCCCAAAGCCAAGCUUUUGCUACACAAACGAAUCAUCUCUUUACACCUCAUGGUUCUAACCCUGCUGCUACUCCAGCCCCAACCCCAUCAUCUGUUAAGGCAAUAAGCCACUCGUCGGCACUUGCAUCGCCAACCAUCCCAGGGAUAAGCAUGUCCACCCCUGUCCUUCCUGCCUUCUCUGGGCAGGUUAUCUCUUCGGUCCACCCAUCACAGCCAUCGACUCCGACUCCUACUGUCAUCAAAUCCCAUUCGCUGCCUGGUGUUCCUGCCACAUCUGCUCAUUGUGCCACCUCUGCUCCCCUCCCUUCAACUUUUUCUGGGCUGGCUUCCAUGCUGCCUGCCACAGCAGCUCCGCAAGGGCUCUCCACGCCAUGUGCCACUCCUGUACCGAGCGAAGCUUUUGCAUCUGCUUCUACACCAUUUGCCACCCUGCCCUUUUCCGCCGCAUCUGUCACUGCCUCAGCUAAUAACCCUAAUUCAUUGUCAUCUGCUUUUGCUGGCCUUCCUUUGUCCUUGACACCCACUCCUCAAGGGAUAGCUAGUCCCCUUCCAUCCGCCAUUGCUGGUUCUCCUGCCACUAGCCUGCCUUGCCCACUUAACUUGCCUAACCCACUCCUGUCAGUCUUAAAGGGAUUCCUGUCCGUAAACGAUAGCUCAAUAAUGAAUUCGGCUGCACUGCCUUCGGCUGUGACAGCUGAACUUGCCUCUCUAUCUGGUCUUGCCAGCCAGAAUUCUGAAGCCCCCUCUUCGUCCGGUAACAAAUGUUACACUCCAACUGCUACCUCUGCCCUCCAGCACCCUUCCACUUCAGGGCUGUCCAUUUUCCCAGGGCUUCCAUCUCAGCCUGGGGUUAACAAUAGCGCAACUCCCCCAACACAGUCCCCUUUAACCUCAGGGCCAUCCUCCAUUAUGCCCAUCAGUUGUGUUUCCUCAGCUGCUCACAGACAUUGCCCAAGUCCUGCUAAUCCCGAACAGCAGGCCUCAUCCACACCAGCUGCCACAGCAAUUCCUGUGCUGGUCAAAACUGAGCCCACCAGCCCUACAAUUUCAGGUUUCAAAGGCCCUUCCCAUUCUUCCGGACCUUCUCAUAGCACUUCAGGCUUGUCAGCACUUGGCCAUGCAUAUACCUCCACUAGUUCUUUGCCAGGCAGUUCCCUGAAUCCAGCACUCUCUAGCCUCUCCUCCUUGAGCUCUUCUCUCAACAGCUCUCCUUCCAUCGCCCCGCAUGGCUCAUCUGCUCCAAUAGCCCCAGUAUAUAAUGCACUUCCUCCAUUCACGUCACUGGCCAGCAGUUUUGCUUUUGCCGGCAACCCAGCACUUACCCCAACGGGGUCUCUCUUGCCCAUUCCACCUACGACUACAUCAGGCAUUCCUGCUCCCCAUGUGAGCUCUGCGACCAGUGCCCUCCCGACGCUCAUUGCUUCAGCGGCUGCUCCAACUCCACCAUUCCCCCUUAACUUGUGCAGCGCCGUCCCUUCGCUGUUUUCUGUUCCUCAAGUACCUCUAGGCUCAUGCAGCUCAUCCUUCCCUCCUUUCCCUGUCUCUAACACUCCCUCUGUCACUCCUGCUCUCCCUUCUUUCCCUGGGCUCCAGGCAUCUUCUACAGUAGCAGCAGUUGCACCACUGCCGGCAGCUGCCACAGCCCCAUCUCCGGCUCCAGUGCUGCCAGGGUUUGCCUCGGCCUUUAGCUCAAACUUCAACUCUGCACUUGUUGCACAGGCCGGCCUGACUUCUGGGCUUCAGGCCCCUGGAAAUACAGUUUUCCCUGGACUCCUCUCUCUUCCUGGCAUCCCUGGACUUGCCCAGAGUGCUACACAGUCUUCCCUGCAGGAACUUCAGCACAGUGCAGCUGCACAGUCUGCAUUACUGCAGGCACACACUGCGUCUGCUCUGGAGAACUAUGCAUCCCAACCAGAUGGUUUUACUACAUAUCCCCCAGCAUCAGGAACACCUGGAGCCCCUUUUUCCUUACAGGCAAGUCUUCCCCAGAGUGGAUGGCAAUAAAGAGCAUCUUUUUCACCUGCAGAGAAACUGCUCCUUGAAGAAAGCAGUGAUGGCUUGGCAAAGUCCCUGAUGAUGCUUCCAUUGAAGGCUUUAGGGGUG